GAUUGAAUCGACCAUUCCUCAUUUGACCAACCGUCAUUUUGCACAGGAGAAAGGCCGUUCACCUGCUCAGACAGUGGGAGUGGAUUCACUCAGUUAUCACAAUUGAAGGUACAUCAACAAGUUCACAUUGGCCAAGGCCAUUCAUCUGUUCUGCGUGUGUGAGAAAGGAUUCAUUUGGUCUUUCCACCUGUGGACACGCCAGUCAGUUCACACCACACUGGGCAGAGGCUGGUCAUCUGUUGAACUUCUGGGAAAGGAUUCACUCAGUCAUCUGACCUAAUGGCUCACCAGCGAGUUCACACAGGGGAGCGGCCGUACACCUGCUCAGUCUGUGAGAAGAGAUUCACUCACUCUUCCACCCUAUGGAAACAUCAGCGAGUUCACACUGGGGAGAAGCCAUUCACCUGCUCAGAAUGUGGGAAGAGAUUCACUCAGUCAUUCACCCUACAGAGACACCAGCGAGUUCACACUGGGGAGAAGCCAUUCACCUGCUCAGUCUGUGGGAAAAGAUUCACUGAUUCAUCCACCCUACAGAGACACCAGCAAAUUCACACUGGGGAGAAGCCGUUCACCUGCUCAGUGUGUGGGGAGAGAUUCACUCAGUCAUCCACCCUACAGAAUCACCAGCGAGUUCACACUGGGGAGAGGCCGUUCAUCUGCUUAGUCUGUAGGAAGAGAUUCACUCAUUUAUCCAGCCUACAGAGACAUCUGCAAAUUCACACUGGGGAGAAGCCGUUCAGCUGCUCAGUCUGUGGGAAGGGAUUCACUCAGUCGUCCACCCUACAGAGUCACCAGCGAGUUCACACUGGGGAGAAGCCGUUCACCUGCUUAGACUGUGGGAAGGGAUUCAUUUAUUUAUCCAGCCUACAGAGACAUCAGCAAGUUCUCACUGGGGAGAAGCCAUUCACCUGCUCAGUAUGUGGGAAGAGAUUCACUCAGUUAUCCACCCUACAGAGUCACCAGCGAGUUCACACUGGGGAGAAACCGUUCCCGUGCUCAGAGUGUGGGAAGAGAUUCACUCAAUCAUCCACCCUACAGAGACACCAGCGAGUUCACACUGGGGAG